AGGCGGUGCUGGCACCGCUGCCAAAGGGGAAGUGAGCUGGGGUUGGAGCGAUGGCCCGGGUCUGGACCCCGCGGCCGCCGCCUCCGCCGCCGCCGCCUCCGCCGCCGCCACCAGCGAGUCAGGAGCAGCUGCGUCCGGAGCCGAAGCGGGGACCGGAGUCGCGGCUGCAGUGGAGGCGGCGCGUUUGAGUUGCCGAAAGUCGCCGGUGCCGGAAUACCUCAAACUCGGCGGGAGCGCUUCAGGUGGGCUGAGCCGCUGACGCCCCUCUUGACCUGCCCCCAGGCCCAGACACCAGGGCUGGGGUCUCCUCAGGCGCGGGACUGGUUCCUCUGAGGCUGAGCCCUGCAAACAAGAGCUCUGGAUCUUCCUCGGCCUCCGGCUCCCUUCAAGCUCAGGACGGAGGCCGGAGAUCGGUGAUCUCUCAGCCCCGAGCGUUUCCUGUGUCCGGGUUGCAGUGGCUGGGAGCCCCCUCCUGCUGCCAGCCAGGAAGGGACCAGUGCGACCCCACUGUCUCGCUCUGCACCUCCUCCUCUUCUCCCAUUCAAAAGCAAGUUUCUUUCCCUUUCCACUGGAAAUCUUGCCCCGGAAGACCAGAACACCCGUCCGCGUGUCCUUCCCCAGCUCCUGAAGCACCCUUAUUAGUAUUAUCUACUGACCAGGGCUGAGAAUCUCUCGUUCUUGACUUUUUAUCCCCCUUGGGAGACAAAGGUUACCUCUCCUAAACACCCUCAACUAAUUGACACUCCAUGCCCAGGGCUUUAUCCAUUUUGAUCACCAGCCCCCAGGACGUCUUUACGUGACUUCCCCCAGCCAUCCAUCUGAGUUCCAGUUUCCUCUGGGCUCCAGUCUCUAGUCCCCAGCGGAUCUGGUCAGUCCCACCCCUGGGUGGGAGUGACCAGAGGGGCUCUGGCCCAGAAUUCCCCACCCUGGAAGGCAGCUCCAAGGCAUCGAGAGAAUUGGGCAUCGGGUACGAACCUGGCAGCUCAGGAGUGGGUGCCCCACUCACCCCACACAAGAAGAUGAAAAAGCGCAAAGAGCUCAAUGCAUUGAUCGGCUUGGCUGGGGAUAGCCGGAGAAAGAAGCCCAAGAAAGGCUCAGGCCACCGCCUGCUUCGCACCGAGCCUCCCGACUCAGACUCUGAGUCCAGCUCAGAGGAGGAAGAGGAGUUUGGUGUAGCUGGAAAUCGCUCUCGCUUUGUCAAGGGAGACUAUUUACGAUGCUGCAAGAUCUGUUAUCCCCUCUGUGCUUUUGUCAUCCUCGCCGCCUGUGUCAUGGCCUGCGUUGGCUUGGUGUGGAUGCAAGUUGCUCUGAAGGAGGACCUGGAUGCCCUCAAGGAAAAAUUUAGAACAAUGGAAUCUAAUCAGAAAAGCUCAUUCCAAGAAAUUCCCAAACUUAAUGAAGAACUACUCAGCAAACAGAAACGGCUUGAGAAGAUUGAAUCUGGAGAGCUGGGCUUGAACAAAGUCUGGAUAAACAUCACAGAAAUGAAUAAGCAGAUUUCUCUGCUGACUUCUGCGGUAAAUCACCUCAAAGCCAAUGUCAAGUCCGCUGCAGACUUAAUUAGCCUUCCUGCCACUGUAGAGGGACUUCAGAAGGAUUCAGGCCUAGAGCAGGAGGCAGUGACCAACCAGAUGAAGAAUAGUGUAGCUUCCAUUGGCAAUACUUUAAACAGCGUCCAUCUUGCUGUGGAAGCAAUACAGAAGACUGUGGACGAGCACAAGAAAACCAUGGAGCUCCUGCAGAGUGAUGUGGUGAGGAAGUCCACAAACGCUGCAGGAAGCAGCACCCCUGCCUCCCCUUUUCUGUGUGAUCGCGGGAUACCAACUGUCCGUUUGUCUAAACAGACCCCGCCAUGCACCUUUUUAAAAGACCCAAAGGAGCACAUCUUAAAGGACACCAGUGGAAGCAACCAGAUCAUUCCAUCGCCUUCAGCUACGUCUGAACCUGACAAUGGAACCCACAGUGAGAAUCUGAAACAGUUGGAUGAUAGAGCUGCCACUCUGAAGAGAGAGUCUUUGUAUCAAGUGACCAACAGAACAGAGUCAGUAAAAUCCCAAAGCAUCAAGAAAGAAGCUAGUUCAGAUUCUCAGGUAUCCAAGCUCCGAGAGAAGCUGCAGCUGAUCAAUGCCCUCACAAACAAACCUGAGAGCAGCAGGCCUCCGGAGACGGCCAAUGAAGAGCAAGUACAGAGUUUCACAUCAGAGCCAUCCACAUCGCCAAAACGCCCACGGUCUCUCGGAGGCCAGAUUGAGAAAGCUGCUCAACUAAGACCUAUUUCCAUACCGGGAAUUUCUAGCAUCAAAGAUCUUGAGGAUUUGUUCCACAAGACUGGCCAGGACAUGGAUGGGAAGCUGACCUACCAGGAAAUCUGGAACUCCUUAGGUUCUGCUGUGCCAGAGCCAGAGCGUUUGAGAGCGUUUGAUUUUGAUGGAGACGGAGGGUACUCGCUCUCGGAGCUGCGAGUAGCUUUAGGUUUCUAGCCUCAUCAGGCUGACUUUAGAAACGGUUAUACCCAGGACUACCUAAUAGCUAUUCACUAACAGAAACCACCCUUUACCUACCCAUCAGGCCUCCAGUCCUCCAAACUACUGUAGCAGACACAUUGCCACCUUUUAACUUGUUUGAAAAAGCUAUAUAAAAGUUAUUUUUUUAAAAAAAGACCAUUUUGCUGAUACUCAGAAAUCUAUGAUUUCCUAAAACCAGUACGAUCUUAAUUUUAAAAUUUCCAGACAAAAAAAAAAAAGUCAAGCCCUCUUUUUUUUCCCUCUUUCAUUUUUUUUUUUUUUUUUUGAGGGGAGAAGACUUUAUCUUUUAAAACUGGAAAAUGUGUACAGAGAGAAUAAGCCGCCUUUUAUAUUUCACAUAAAUUUGCCUUAAAUUAGCUGCACUUUAUACAGACUCAGAAAAUGUCUUUCCUUUGACAGAUGGACCUUUUCUGUUUGUAAAUAUUUAAAAUAGAAGAAAGAGUCAUGCAUAUUUUGUGUGAAGUAGGAAGAAUGGUUUGAAACAGGAUGUGAACAAAUGAUUCAUUUUUAAAAAUCUCUGAUUUGUUCUGGUAGCAGCUGAAGCUAUGUCCCCAUCUCCAUAGACGACACUUUUAGGUGCUGCCAUGGGGGGCGGCCUGGUGCUGGGGGAAUAGAUUUAGGGAGUGGACACUGAGGGGACAGUGCUGCCUCCAGGCUCAGGAAAGUCAGAUUCUGGCUCUUUGUUCUGUCCUCUCAGCUAAUCCCAGCCUGUGAACCAGAGAAGUCUUGUUGGGGAUUUUCUCAUUUUUAAUCCUGUUUCAGGGCUUAUGAGCAUAAAAAGUUAUCCGGUGGGAGCUACAUUUUCCCCCAGAGUGAACUAGCUUAUCUUCCCCCACCCACCCACCCAACUCUACCUUUAAGCUGUAACUGACGCUCGCUCGUCUCUGAUAUCAUCUCUGUUCUGAAAGGCAGGGCUGAAGUCCCUUGGCCACCAUCUCAGCUUGGCUACGCAGGAGCUGUAGAGGAAAGCUGUGCCUCUAAUUCGGAUCCAAGAAACGUGGUGAGAUUUUACCUGGGCUAAGGCCAAAAAGGUGGUGAAAUGAAACAUGUGAAAUCAUACAUCUUCUUAGCAUUACAGCUCAGAAGUAGCUAGAAGCUGUCUGUCCAGAGAUGCCAAACACGGCAGGCAAGCCUGGCAGCAAGUUUUUCCAAAUUUAAUACAAGCAGAUACAAUACUUCUCCCUUUAAAUACUUCUGUAGGCCUAGGACUAAAGGCCUCUGGGCUGGAAGGACUUCUUCCUCCGUGUCACAGGUGUGUGUGCUGUGUUGGUCUUAGAAGCGAUCUUUGGGCAACACAGAAGGGAAACCGCAAAGCUUGUUCCAGAGACCAAGUCCGGGAGAAACCAGAGACGCUUUCAGGGUCUAGAUUCUGUAGUAGAGCUUGUUUCCUUUUUAGCUUUGUCUAAGUUGCCCUUCGGCCGUCAGUGCAGUUGAGCACCCUUAAAUAUAUUUUAAGGGCUGGGUUUUUUCUUUAGAUGAUUUUUCAGCUUGGUGUUGGCAAACCUUGAUUUUUUUCCUAGAAAUACUAAAAUUUAGUUAAAGCAGGGUGAAGCUUUUCCCGUGAAUGUGUCUGCUUACCUCAUUAUGGCUCAUGUCAUGUCUCUCUCUCUCUCACAAACAUUUUCUUUGCCUAUCUGAGCUAUUUUACUUUCUUGGAAAGUUUUAAAUAUAGUAUAAAAUUAGCCUGGCACUUUAGGUAACUUGAAGAUAACUUACUCUUCUGGCUGCCUUUCAUGCCCCCCCCCCUUUUAAUAAUAUAUAUAUAUAUAUACCCUUGCAGAUUUUGUAACAACCAAAUAAAAUUCUAGCAAGAAAUUGAAUUAUACUGCUAUAUUUGUAUAUAUUGUACCAUACAUAGUAUGUCUGUACCUGGAAGGUAUUUUUUUUGAGAACCGAUUUAUACGAAAUAUACUUGAGGGUAAUAUAGCUUGUCCUUUUUAGUUUCAAAUUCUUAUUCCUAGGCAGAUCCUUUGAGGACACCUUAACUCCUUCACUUUUGCAUCAAUUGUGGUAUUUAGUUUAUCCUCUGUUCUGCCCACCUCAAGCUUGUCUGUCUGCCGUCAUCCCUGAACGAGGAGGGCAGCACCAUCCUCUCCCCUGUCAAAUUUGGCAGGAGUGUUCCUGCCGCACUGCGAAUACCCUUGUCACACCGCCUGGGAAAGUGCCACAUCUCCCAGGCAGAACUAGGACAUCUUGAACUCCUUUGCGCUGAGUUGAGCGUACUCGUUGGCUUAAAAAAAAAGCAUGCCUGGAGUUCCCUUGUGGUGUAAUGGGUCAAGGAUCCUGCAUUGUCACUGCAGCAGCUUGGGUCAUUGCUGUGGCACAGUUCAAUCCCUCCCUGGCCUCGGAAUUUCCACAUGCUGCAGGUGCAGCCCCCCCCCCAAAAAAAAGCAUUCCCACAAGCCUAUUAUUCAGUAUUAAUUUGGGAUUUUUAUUUGAAAGUGAACUUACCCAGCCUAUGAGUUCUAUUAAUCUGUAGUCAAGUCUUACCUCCCACACCUCAGCCCUGAGAGGAAGUCUGGGUAGCAGUGGUGGUGAGUCUGGGUUUGGUUUUGAUUUCGAAUUCUAUGACCUCUUCACUCUGGCUGCUCCUAAUCCUGCUUUUGUUAAGUUCCCAAAGCAAAGCUUCUUGGUCCUGCUUUUCUUUUGCCCUUAUCUGAUAGAAUGUUUACCUAGAAAGCCUCCUCCAUGAAUGAGAACGGCAAGAAGGUAUUAUAGGAAGAGAGGACCUGGCUUGGGGAUGACUCUAGUGUCGUGGCCUUAAGGACAGAGACAGGCCUGGCACUAAGGGUUGUGUCUGAUACAGCGCAGCUGAGGGACACCCUUCACCUGCUGCUGCCGACUUGCCUCCGUUGUCAUUCCCUCACUUCAUGUUGCUGGAUGGAACCUUCUCCCCCACCCCCACCACCGUCUCGCGGUCACAGUUGAAGAUUUUGACUGUGAUGGGCUCAUACUCAUAAUGGCCUGCUGUUGAUUUGUUUUUAGUGAUGCUUUUGUUUGCUACACACCUCAUUGGCUUGCUUACCAACGCCAGUUAGAUGUGGUCCCCUCUUUCAUAUCCAAACCAGAACACAUUUGGGUAUUCCUGAGAUUUUAUAAAGCGUGUAUUGUUUGUUAUACGAACCUAAACUACCUUGUUUUCUCAUAUUAAGAAAUGUAAAUCUACUUUGCUUUAGUGGAGCUAUUUUGGUAACGUUUAAGCAAUUUUGGUUCUCUUUAGGGAGCAAAUUCAAGGUUUCCACCCCUUGAUUUGGGCUUUGCUAAUUUCCUAUCAGUAAUACAUCCAUUUUAAUUUAUCUAAAUAAAACAUUUCUUUUUUCUCCCA